AGAGAACUGAAAUGGACGCUGUUGAAUUGACGGCUCGAUUAGCCUAAAAUGAUAAGAGAAUAAUUCCAUGAUUAUGAAAGACUAAUAGUGACAGUAAAUUUUCGUGCCAAAAACCAAUUAUGAUUUUAUUUUGAUACAGUUGCGUUGAUUCAAUAAAUUAUGACAUAAUCGGCGUUUAAGGCAAAGGUCACUUAGAAGAAUGGACCAGUCGUUUGUCAACUUCACAUCUCAAUAAUCUUUUAUUCCGACAGUGAUACGAAAAAACUGCAAAGUGUUGAUGUAUUUAUAGUUUGGUAAUACCAUUUAAGUGAUCUGUCAUUAUUGAGAACUAUUUACUGUCUUCGUGAGAUGGAUUUAUGAUUUACAAAAGUUCAUUUAAAAUAUAAUUUACAAUAAAACAAUAACACAAUGAGUACAACAGAGAAUGGAGCAGAGUCUGAAACUGGAUGGCAAGAAUGUGCCAGCUGGUUAACAAGGUGUGGAGCUUUGAGAGCAGAUCAUAAAGCCAACUGGUCAACUGCCACUGCGUUCGAUUUAGCUUACACUCUAAGAGAUGGAGUAUUACUUUGCAACUUGUUGAAUUUAAUAGACCCAUUAUGUAUAGACAUCAAAGAUGUUAGCCAAAAGCCACAAAUGGCUCAAUUUUUAUGUUUAAGAAACAUAAAAUUAUUCCUAACAGUUUGCUCCUCAAAUUUUGGUCUUCCAGACUCAGAUCUUUUCGAACCAUCAGUAUUGUUUGAUUUGUCAAACUUCCAUCAAGUUUUAUGCACACUCUCAGCAUUAUCACAUUCACCGAAAUUCCGACGUAAAGGAAUUGCAGGUUUUAUGAUUGGACGUGAUCGAUCCCAGGAAGAGGCUUAUAGAGAUCUCCAAAGCGCUGGUGUUGGUCGUGAAACUGAAGGUCGCAGAAGAAUAUUGAGAAGAAGAGAAGGUGAUGAAGCAGGUGGUGAGUCUACACAUCAAAUAGAAAAUCAAGUUGAUCAAGAGGAAGAUGGUUAUGGAGCUUAUUGUAGUCAUGCACAAAGUGAAGAAGUCUACCAUGAUUUAUGUAGUCUACACUUGCCACCUCCUGUUAAUGUUGUGCAGGAUGGCGCAAUUUCCUGUGCAGAAAAGAGAGAUUUUGUAGUACAAGAACUUGUAGAGACUGAAAGAAAUUAUGCUGAAGUGCUUAAUAGUUUAUUGAGACACUUUGCCCGGCCUUUAUCAUCAUCAUUACGUCCAAAAGAUGCUGCAAUUAUUUUUUUUGGUAUCAAGGAUCUUGCAGAAAUACAUGCUGGUGUACAUAGUCAAUUGAGAAAAGCACGGAAUGGUGCAGCCAUCGCUCAAGUAUUUCUUGAUUGGCGAGAAAAGUUUCUUAUUUAUGGUGAUUAUUGUGCUAAUUUAACAGUUGCUCAGAAUACUUUACAAGAAGCUUGUGCACGAAAUGAAGUUGUAAAUCAAGAAGUUAUUCGAUGUCAACAAGAAGCAAACAAUGGAAAGUUUAAACUUCGAGACAUUCUCUCUGUUCCAAUGCAGCGAGUGUUAAAAUAUCAUUUAUUGUUAGAUAAAUUAGUUGAAGAAACUCCUCGUGAUUGGACUGAAGAUCUUCGCCAGUUAGGAAAAGCAAGAGAAGUGAUGGUAGAUGUAGCCCAAUAUAUUAAUGAAGUGAAAAGAGACUCUGAUACUUUAGACAUUAUCAAGGAUAUUCAAGCAUCAAUAAUUGACUGGGAUGUGAGUGAUGGUACUCAAUUACAAGAUUUCGGACGUUUACUGAGAGAUGGGGAACUUAAAGUUAAAGCUCAUGGUGAUCAAAGGAUUAAGGCUCGAUAUGCCUUUGUGUUCGAACAAGCUGUAUUGCUUUGUAAAGCCGGUCGUGGAGAUCAAUAUUGCUUUAGAGAGACACUUAGAAUGGAUGAUUAUCGUCUUGAAGAUCCUUCAGGGCGUAAGGUACUCGGUAAAGAUUCCAGAUGGUCAUAUCAAUGGCUACUAGUUCACAACAAAGCUUACACAGCAUACACAUUGUUUGCACGAACUGAAGAUCAAAAACAGAUGUGGAUAAAAGCUCUGCAAGACGCUAUGGACAAUGUUAAUCCUGCUGCUUGUCGAUUAACAAAUCACAAAUUCCGUUUAGUGACAUUUGAAAGUGCUCGUAGCUGUCAACGUUGUGGAAAGUUCCUUAAAGGUCGUAUUUUUCAAGGAUAUAGUUGUGAUGUGUGUCGCCUAGCAGUUCAUAAACAAUGCAUAUCAUAUUCCGGACGAUGUGUGCCUAUUCCUCCUACACCACCGUUACCUCCUCCACUUCCGUGUGACCGGGCAUUAUCAGUAAAAUUAUGGUUUGUUGGAGAAAUGGGCAGAGAUGCUGCUGCACACAAAUUAGAGGCUAGAGAAGACGGAACCUACAUGUUGCGAAUACGACCUCCGGGUAAACCGAGGCUUAAACAUGAAACUAAUUACGCUUUGAGUGUUAAAAAUGAUGGUGUUGUUAAACAUGUGCGAAUAUUUAAACGAGAUGUCAAUGGCACAGAACUUUAUUAUUUAAGUGAAUCACGCUUUUUUAAAAGUGUCGUUGAAUUGGUGGAAUAUUAUGAGCGAGCUUCAUUAGCAGAAAAUUUUGAAAAUCUUGAUCAACGACUUUUAUGGCCAUUUCGACGAGUAUUGGCCAAAGCACUGUUCGAUUUUCGUGCAGUUGAACGUAACCAGUUAACAUUAAGACGUGGAUGUAGAGUUGUGGUCCUUAGCAAAGAAGGUGAUGCUAAGGGAUGGUGGAAAGGAAAAAUCGGAGACCAAGUUGGAUUUUUUCCAAAGGAGUAUGUCGAAGAAGAAUAACCCAGGAUAUUAUAAAUCUUAACAAAUGUUCUUUCAUUCGAUUUAAUCAUAUUUCUCGUUAAAACAAAAUUAUAAAAGUAAAACAAAUAGGCGAGCACUCAUCCAAAGAAUCGCGAUACCAUAAUGAAUUAUCAGUGCAAUCGCAUGAAUUAUCAUUCAAACUAGUCCUUGGACAGACAAUGCGCAUAAGUUUUAAUUAGGCAAGUUUUAACUACAAAUAAUAAUCUAUUGAUGAUGUACUCAUGAAAAUAUUUAAAUAACCAUCAAUGGUAAGUUUUAAAAGGAAAUUAUGGGAAUGUAAAGUUGUAAAAAAUUUUGGAGCAAAAUUACUAGAUCAAAAAUUGUUUGAUGGCUCGAAAUUGAUGAACAAAUUAAUUAUUAACUAUUUCCGAGAGUUCUCUAAUUUCAAUUGUGAUAGAACGAUCAUAUUACAAAUAUGUGAAGUAAUAAAAUUGCUAAAUAUUUUUCGGACUCUCUUUGACUAUCAAUGAGAUUGCUUCAUAACAAAGAUGCUUUUAACGUUAUAUAUAUCAAUAUACAUAUAUAUACAAAAACAUUUUGAG